AAUACGAUUAAAUCGAGGAUUUAUUCCGUGAAAUGUGUGGAAUGUAUAGUUAGCCAGAUUAUUACCCAACCAGUUUGCUUCCCACAGCUAGUGAACCACAACCACACCUCAGUCUUGUGAAAGUACAGCAAAGAGAAAGUGAGCAUCACGCUAGAGCUACAUGUGCAUACAUACACGCCAAUUGUCUGUCAGUAUGUAUAACAAACUCGUCGGUCGACUAUCGGGCCAGCAUAAAAAACUUUCUUUAACCCACUUUCUUAUUACUAGUAGUCGGCGAUCAUCUUUCGCCUCUCACCGCGGCUGAAUUAAUUUUAGUGUAGUGCUGUGUUUGGUGGUCGGUAGAGGUAUGUGCCCUACCAUCGUGGUCCCAGAGUAGUCCCGUGCGCAGUGGCGCCGCGGUGGUGGGACAUUGGGACGUGGGGAUACGCGUUGCUAUAGUGACUCAAGUGGGACAGUGAAUUUUAUUUUUAUUUUUUCCCGCUUCGGCGGCGACGUGCGGAGGGUUCACAACAAUGUGCGAUAUGCAGAAGAUGCCCUCAAGAGAAGAUGCCUCUUGUGAGGAGGACAGUGAUAUGAAUUUUGCUACAUUUACACCAGUGGGCACGACUGGUACCCACUUUAUGACUACUAGUGGUCAGUUGCCCGUUCAGAAGCUUCAGCAGAAUGUCGCUAACAAUGGUGCAGGCAUGCCACAGGUAUGUGUCAUGGGUGAUGGUGGUGUGCAGUACAUGCGUGCUAUAGACACCAGCGGUACGUUGCAAGCCACGCCGCAACUCAUUUCUGUACCCGUUGCAUUGCCGGGAGCCAAGCCUGGUGACCCCCAAGCAACGGUACAGAUCCAGGUGCUGAGUCCAAAUUUACUGCCACAGCAGCCCAAGUAUCAGAUGCAGAUUCCCAUACAAGGAUACCAACAAGUGCUGACUGUUGAUGCUGGAGGUAUCCAGUUAGUCGGACAGGGCAGCUUGGGGGAAGGUCUCCAAGUAUUGGCAGCCUUACCUCAAGAGAUGCAGUUGGUUCAGCCAACACAGGAAAAGGAGCAAAUACCACAAAACAUGCCUCAGGUAUACAUCACCCCGAACCAGCAGAUCAUCAUCAAUGGAGCCGACAAGGCGUUGAACAACAACACCACGUCGGACAACCACAAUCCCACAACCAUCGUCAUCAAGGAGGAGUGUGAUGACGAUGAGAGUUCACAAGGCACAGAGAUUGGCGAGACAAUACAAUGGCAAUUAGAUCCGAAUCAUCAGCAGGAUAUUGUGAAAUAUUUAAGAACAUUGCCGCCACAGCAAACACAAGCUCUCCCGGAAUCACUGCAGCAGUUCUUGCGGCUGAACCCAACUGAUAUAAAACAGGGAGAAUCCAUAGAGAUUGAGGUGGAGAGCGCCGUUACUAAGAAGGAAGAACCAGUCGCCGAGGCUGUACUCAGCGAAGACGGCACUCUUAGAAUACAGAGUAAAAAGAAGAAAAAAUAUAAGAAGAAACCGCCUAAACCUGCGAAGCCGAAACCUGGGACUAUUGUGAUCGCGACCUCUUUGGAUGGGAGCCCUAUAUUCUGCUGUCCAGAGUGCCAGAUGGCGUACCCAGAGAAGGAACAGCUGGAGAUGCAUCUCAUCGUCCAUAAGAUCGAGAGGCGGUUCAUUUGUGGGAUCUGUGGUGCUGGUUUAAAACGCAAGGAGCAUCUGGAGCGGCAUAAGCUCGGUCACAACCCAGAGAGGCCGUUUGUGUGCGAUGUCUGUCGCAAGGGAUUCAAGCGGCGGGAACAUCUCAACCUCCACACCGUCAUCCACUCUGGAGUCAAGACUGAAAUGUGCACAGAGUGCGGGAAAGGUUUCUAUCGCAAGGACCACCUUCGGAAACACACGCGGUCCCACGAGAGCAAGCGAGCGCGGGACGAGGCGGCCGGCGGGGACAGCGCCGCCGCCCCGCAGCCCGUCCAGCCCGCGCCCGCUAACAAUAACAUCUUGCCGGAGAUCACCAUACAUAUACCGACCAGCUCGAACUCUCAGAUCCCGGUGCAGAUCAACAUCCCCCCGCACGUGGUGUCGUCGCUGGGCAGCCAGGCAGGCAGUCUGCAGGCCGGCCCCCAGCUGCAGGCCGGCGACACGCUGGACGCGCUGCUGGCCCAGGCGCACCACUCCUGACCCCGCGGCCUCCUCGCCGCGCUAUAAACGUCACACUACCAUCCCCUCACACAAACAGACGUAAGGUCUAUUCCCCUAUUCUCUUAAAUAGUCUCCGAUGUUCAAGUCCAGGUUAGUUUCCAAUGCGCAGAUAACUGAGAUACUUUAUUUAUUUCUCCUGUUCAAUCUAGGUUCUGUUAAUGUGUUCAUUUAAAUUUUUGUAAACCAGUAUUUAAACCAAAUAAGCAAUCUGUUGCAAUAUGGAUAUUUCCUUGUAUUUACAAUGUUGAUAAAAUUGCACAAAUUAUGUAAGUUAGACUGUUUGAGAAUGCGGUUUCAGUGUGAGUCGCUGCCCUUUCAUUCAUUCACUCGUGACCUAGUUAACUUAUUGAAUAAUUCAUGGUUUGCCGCCGCAUUCUCGUGUCUCGACGUUACUUGCUAAGGUGUGACGUCACCAGGGUCCGUUCUCAGGUCAUUGCAGAGUUAACUUAUGACAAUAAUUGUGACGACGGCUACGUUCGCCCGUAGACCUGCCUGUUGGAACGUGUUCGCUUUGUAUGACCGUGUUUCGAGGUGAGCUGGCAAGUCCAGCGCCCGUUAGCUUACAUAACCCCAACAGUUUAGGCCAUAUUGUCCAAGUUGAAACAUAUCACCGCAGCAACUAAUUCUUGCAUUGACCUUUAGUAAUAUUUGAUUUAAAUUAAAAUAUUUGAGUGAAUGUAAAACUGAAAACAAAGGGCUAUAAUGAUUGAUGUUGGUUGUGAUUCGAAUGGAGCCAUCGUAAUAUAAACAUACAUCAGUUACUUAAUUAUUACAGGGUAAAACACUUUGAAAUGUAAGCCCAAAAAUGUAACGCCGAAUUAAAAGUGUGUAAAAAAAUAAUUUAAAAAAAAUCAAGGAACAUUGCGAUGUUUUAUAUGAAUCAUAUUUGAGUAAAUGGAAUACAUGGAAAUUUUUAACGAGUCGUUUUAGACUUAUGAAUCGAAUAGUUCUAUAUGUGAUUCGUAUGAAAUAGCACAAUGGUUCCAAUGUACGUUGUCGUGGCCUUGUAAGGUAAUGAGCUCCAUGAAGAGACUAGUUUACAAGUCGUCUGUGUAAAGACACGCGUCGUUCGUAAGGUAUAAAUUACAUAGUAUACAAGACGAAACUCAAUCCAUUGCGUCUUGAUAAAGGUGAUAAAGCUUCAAGCAUUAUGUUUGUAGAUACAUAUCACGUAAUGUAUUAUACAUUUUUAUUUUAAUACUGAAUUACCAUGACAUGACACUCUCAUUCCGUCAAACGAUUUGCGCUAUUUUUGUUUAUAAACGAACCGUUUGUACAAGCUUUUGAGCUUAAAUCAUUCGUGAUUCCAGUUGUUAAUUUGAUUAAUCGAAGUUUAAUAUUUUUUUUUUGUAGAAAUUGUUCAAUGAUAUGUGCUGGUGUAAUUUUUUUAACCUGUAGAUGUGACCUACCGUGUGAAAUAAAAUCAUAUAAAUGUGUAGAGUUUUUACAUUUACCUCCAGCUACCCUAAAAUAUCAGUUUAUGAUCAAUCAACACAAAAUAUAUAGGUUUAGAUAUAAUCUAGACAUUCAGUGUUGUUAACUCUACAGUAAGUUAACAUUUUACGAUGUUCUCAAAAGCCUGUGUCUCUGGAAAUCUCGUUUGAUUUAUACAUUACGAAUCAUUUGUAAAUAUCAUCUUCACUGUGAUAUUUAUACCAUUAGCCGCUUCCUAUCGCAUUCAUACGUCAUGUUCUUAUUUUGUAUACAAACUUUUUCAUUUCCAUCAAAUUGUGAUAUUUAUUUACGAUCCGUUGAUUGCUGUGCUAGGAUUGUCAUUAAUUAUUGAUUCAAUCAAAUAGUUAUUGUCUUUGUGAAUAUGGUCCGUCCCUUUUGGCAAUAGUUAUUCAUUUUAUUAUCCUCAAAUAUGUGAUUUUGAAAAUUGUACCUACCGGUCUACCUAUCCUAGCACAAGACGAUUCAACGGAUUUAUGGAGCUGACUAGAUUCAUCGCAAGUGUGUGGGAGAUUAUUUACCCAAAUACUCAAAUUAUAUUCAACUUUGACGUGCAUAAUGCACCUCAAAAUUGAAUAGAUUUUCAUUAUUUGGGAGUCAUGUUACAUAGAAAAAUGAAUUUAUAAAGCUUUCUAAUAUUAAUAAUGAUUAUUUAUAACUCUGAACAAGUUUUGUAGUAACAUGAGUUUCUAUAUUUAUGUCAAGAUAGUCGAAAUGAUGUCACACAUUUGCGCAAUUCUUGUAAUUACAAAUUAUGUUGAGUUUAUUAGAUUUCCACCACACGAUAUUAAUAUUGUCAGCUUUAAUGUAGUUGUAAAUUAUUUUCCAAUUAUAUUUUUGUACUUAGAAUUAAGUUUUGUAAUGCAUCACUCCUGUGACAUGUUUUUUAUGUCUUAGAAUGCUUCUAUAGUGAAUGUUAAGGUGCUCUAUGAACGUAAAUUACGUUUGCAAAUAUUAUUGCCAUUCACAUGUUUUAUUUUACAAAUAUCGAAAGAUAAAAUAAAAAAAGAAAAUCAGAGUUCCCUGUUUCUGGUAGCUAAACACUAUGUAAUUCAUAGAUACCAACUCACCACUGAUUAUAUUGAGUUUUGAUAAAAUCCUGAUUUUGAAAUGGUAUUUUUAAUUGUAUUUUUGUACAUUUUGUUGUUUUAAGUGUUUAUUUAAAUAUCAUGAGUAGUCUAGUUCGGUUCUAAAUCUCAAAAUCUUAUUUAAUUGUUUUGUGUAACUGUUUAGGCAUAUCGUAUGUACUUCGGUCGAAAACUUUACUUCGUAUCUGUUAUCAUUUAAGAUAACGUUAGCAGUUAACCAAUUUAGAAACGUAUUUUUUUAUUUGGUUUUAUUGAAAUUAGUUGCAAGUAUUAUAAAAUGUAAGAAAUAGCGAAUGUACCACUUGAGUCCGGAGUUUAAGUGUAAACUUUUGUAUGAAACUUUAUUUAUUAAGAAAACACCGUAAGAAUGAUAAGAUUAAACAAUAAAAUCACUGAUUUUUAAA